AUGCUUUUGCGGGGGGCGGAGAGCGCCUCUCGGCCUGCACUGCACAGUUCCCUUCACCUGCGAUGCCGGCCCUUGCUGUCGACAGAGGAGAGGCUGGAGGAGGCGACUCACCGCCUUGAGAAGAGCCCCGGCGAUGUACAGGCGUUACUGUGGCGCGCGAAGUUACUCAUGCGUUUGGGGGAUUACCAGGCUGCUCAGGCGGGCCUCUCUGUCAUGCUUGACUCACUGCGGGGGAAAACUGACGCGUCGCAGCUUGUGAGUGCCUUUUUCCUUCGAGGGGUUUGCCGCGUGAAGCUGUCGUGCACUGACAAGGCCAUCAGCGACUUCACCGCGGCACUCGACAUCGACCCCUCCCACAGUCGCUCCACGUAUGAGCGUGCCGCGUGCCAUAACCGCAAAGGGAAUUACACCGCUGCCGUCUUAGACUACGAGAGGGCCCUGCAGUGUGACGCAGAGCGUGACAGCGAUUUCACAACGUGGCGUCAGAGUCUCCGAAGCCGAUUUGCACAGGCGCGUCGCCACCAGCGCCCUUCCGCCCCGCCUUUGGGGGGCGCUGAUCCCCUUCGACUGGAGGCCUCGUUGCCUCGAAAGGUGGGAAGUGUCCGGCGAAAUGGCGGCGAUGGAAACCGACCGCCGCUUGCCCCGCCGCUUGACGCGUGCGUGAAGACGCCAAGCCGCAUGCCAGAGACGUCAAGGCCGAGUCUCGCCGUUGGGACUCCCAUCGACAGCCCUGAGCGAACGCAGGUGGUGGUGCCACCGCCACCGUCGCCGCCGACAUCAUCGUCGUCGUUGCCUGGCAGCGAGGCGGCAGAGCUUCACCACCAGCGUGGGUUGGCGUAUCGCAAAGAGGGUGAUUUUGUGCGCGCCAUUGAGGAAUACUCCGCGGCCCUUCGCCUUGAUGCCAAUAAUUUUAAGGCCUUGUUUAAUAGAGGGUUUUGCAACGACAAGGCUGGGGACUACGACGCGGCAAUCCGUGACUACAAGGCUGCUAUGCAGUUGGAGCCAGGAUACGCCUACACUUAUUACAAUCUCGGCAUAUCGUACGAUCGUUGGGGCGACCACUACAAGGAAGCCAUUGCCAUGUUUGACAAGGCCAUUUCCUUGGAUGCCGACAACGCGGAUUUUUAUCAUAACCGCGGAUUUAGUCAGCGUAAGCUGGGUAACUACCGUGAGGCUGUAAAGGAUUACACCACGGCGUUAUCCCUUGAUCCCAACCACUUCAAAGCCUACUACAACCGAGCCUAUUGUUAUGAUAGACUGGGUGAGGGCACAAACGCCAUUGCGGACUACACAAAGGCGAUUUCUAUUCAAGAUGGUAACCCCAACGCCUACCACAACAGGGGAGCCGCACUGGAGAAGGCGUGCCGGCUUGACGACGCGGUUGCAGACUACACACGGGCUCUUCAACUGGAUAAUGUAAAUCCCUUCACAUACAAUGCUCGCGGUAUGGCCUAUGACAGACUUGGCAAAAGUGAGGCGGCGUUGCGAGACCUGGCGAACGCUAUUGCACUCUCGCCCAAUAAUGCCAUAUUUUACCAAAACCGCGCUUUUGUUUUUCAGAAUAUUGGACGUUUUCCAGAGGCUGUGCGUGACUACAACACCUCCCUGGCACUAACCGACGAGGCAGGGGCGAGGGCAGGGACAGGAGCGGUCAUUGGUGGAACUUUUUCUGAAAGCAAGUCCACGCCGGAGGUGAGUGUGAUGGUUGUCAGGCAAUGCAUCAACCGUGGCUUCUGUCUUGCAAGAGAGGGCCAGUACGAGGCAGCCAUUAGUGAUUUCUCAAGGGUCCUUGCAGCAAACGCUGGUAACCCCAUAGCCUUGUAUAACCGUGGCAUUUGCUAUGAUAAGGUGGGGAAGCACCAGCUUGCGGCGGAUGAUUUUUCCUGCUUACUUGAGUCGGACGCGGAGAACGCGGACGCACACUUUGGCCGUGGGACGGCGCUGGAGAGUAUGGGGGAGUAUGCCAUGGCGCUGGACGACUACGCCGUCGCAUUUAAGCUGGACGUGGAUCACAGUGGCCUGGUGGAGGAGAGCGCCUUGGCAAAAUUGAAGUCAGAGCAUCGAGCCAUGGUGGCUUCCCAGCGCGUCCUGCGGCUUCUAAAUGGGGGGAAAACAGUACCUGCGACUGCACGAACACCGUCUUAA